CGGAGGAGAUAGAUAGCACGCUUGCGCGGCUGUCACAGGGCUGCUUGGUUGGUCAGUGGGGAGUCGGCGCCUGCGUACUAAGACCCGUGUGCAGCAGCAGCGGCGGCGGCGGUAGAGGCGGCGGCGGCGGCGGCAGCGGGCUCUGAGGCAGCGGUUGGGCUCGCCGCGAGUGAACGGGGUCGAGUCAGUGCAUUCGCGCGAGUUGGAAUCGAAGCCUCUUAAAAUGGCAGAUGAUUUGGACUUCGAGACAGGAGAUGCAGGGGCCUCAGCCACCUUCCCGAUGCAGUGCUCAGCAUUACGUAAGAAUGGCUUUGUGGUGCUCAAAGGCCGGCCAUGUAAGAUUGUGGAGAUGUCAACCUCCAAGACUGGCAAGCACGGCCAUGCCAAGGUCCAUCUGGUUGGUAUUGACAUCUUUACUGGGAAGAAAUAUGAAGAUAUCUGCCCGUCAACUCAUAAUAUGGAUGUCCCCAACAUCAAAAGGAACGAUUUCCAGCUGAUUGGCAUCCAGGAUGGGUAUCUAUCACUGCUCCAAGACAGCGGGGAGGUGCGAGAGGACCUCCGUCUGCCUGAGGGAGAUCUUGGCAAGGAGAUUGAGCAGAAGUACGACUGUGGAGAAGAGAUACUGAUCACGGUGCUGUCUGCCAUGACAGAGGAGGCAGCUGUUGCAAUCAAGGCCAUGGCAAAAUAACUGGCUCCCAGGGUGGCUGUGGUGGCAGCAGUGAUCCUCCAGCCUGCAGAGGCCCCCUCCCCCAGCCUGGCCCAGCUCUGGCCCGGCCCUUGGCUGGACUCCUCCUACACAAUUUAUUUGACGUUUUAUUUUGGUUUCCCCUACACCCUCAAUCUGUCGGGGAGCCCCUGCCCUUCACCCUGCUCCCUUGGCCAGGAGUGAGUGAACCAUGGCCUUGGUGAAGCUGCCCUCCUCUUCUCCCCUCGCACUACAGCCCUGGUGGGGGAGACCGGGUGGGUGCUGCUUGUGGUUUAGGUUUUUUUUUUUUUUUUUUUUUGGUGUUUUUUUUUUUUUUUUUUUUUUUUUAAAUUCAAUCUGGAAUCAGAAAGCUGUGGAUUCUGGCAAAUGUUCCUUGUGCCCUUACCCCACUCAUCCCUGGUCUGGUCCCUUAUUCCCCAAUAGCCCUUUUUCCCAAGCACCACCCCCACAGACUGGGGACCAGCCCCCUCCCCUGCCUAUGUCUCUCCCCAAAUCCCUUUAGAUGGGAAGGGAAGAGGAGGAGAGGGGAGGGGACCUGCCCCCUCCUCAGGCAUCUGGGAGGGCCCUGCCCCCAUGGGCUUCACCCUUUCCUGCGGGCUCUCUCCCCGACACAUUUGUUAAAAAUCAAACCUGAAUAAAACUACAAGUUUAAUAUGAA